AUGCGUUACGUCGCCUCCUACCUGCUGGCCGCCCUCGGGGGCAAUGCCUCCCCCAGCGCCAAGGACAUCAAGAAGAUCCUGGACAGUGUGGGCAUCGAGGCGGACGACGACCGGCUCAACAAGGUGAUCAGCGAGCUGAACGGGAAGAACAUUGAGGAUGUCAUCGCCCAGGGUAUUGGCAAGCUGGCCAGCGUCCCUGCUGGAGGGGCUGUGGCGGUGUCCGCCGCCCCGGGGUCUGCAGCUCCUGCUGCUGGUUCUGCCCCGGCUGCAGCCGAGGAGAAGAAAGAUGAGAAGAAGGAGGAGUCCGAGGAGUCGGAUGACGACAUGGGAUUCGGCUUGUUUGAUUAG